AUCAAAUUGAUUGCAAAGGGACGAAAUGUAGUCAACCUUUUAAUUAUUUCAGCUUGUUUAUACCUUAUAUGUCUGUCUCAGGCUACUGUUGCAUACUAUCUGGUGUAUGACAACCGUUCCUUGGCUUCCAGUGGCUAUCUAGCAGCUGAGUUUCAGGAAUCUAUGGAUGGUUAUUCCCCAGGAUUGUUUCCAAAUCUUGAUCUACAGCUGUCCACUGGGAAUGGAAUUUCUCAAGAAGCAAAUUUGAGACAACCAUUUUCCAAAGAGAAAAAAUGGCUAGUUGGACUUCAGUCUCCAGCAAAUCCACGGGAAAUCAUGAAUCAGGUUCUUGGGACUCUGCAAGAACUAAAUGUUCGAUGGAAAAAAAUUGGGCACUUUAAUAUGAAGUGUUUAUGGUGUCACGAUCUUGAUUUUCAUAGCAUGGCCAGCAAUCAUAUGAAUGAUGAUCAUUUUAUUAGCAAUGCGACUGCCCUAAGUACACAUUUUCAGCCACAAACAGCUGUGAAGUUUGAAAUGCAGCUCUACAAAACUCCAGACGACAAAUACCUGCUUGAUCUCCAAAGAAUUAGCGGUCCGCAGUUCCUCUUCUUGGAUUUCUGUGCUGUUUUCAUUAUGCAGCUGGAGGCACCACAAUGAUUGGAAAGAAAGAGGAUGUCUGGAGCAAUUGUGUAUUUUGUUGACAAUGAGAAACCUUGUUGUACAUAUCAAUGUGAAUGGUUUUCUA